CAUAAACAGGAAGUCGUCCCGAUAUGAAAAUAGGCUGAGGGGUCUGUCAAAUAUUGAGUUUGCAACAUCGUGUAGAGAUAGAUGAAAUUAUGGGAUUGGAACCUUUGGAGUUUGCUGAAUGCUUGACAGACAGUCCUUCGUUCAGAGAAAAAUUGCAUGAUCAUGAAAAAGAGCUUGAGAGGACGAACAAGGCCAUCAAGUCUCUGGUCAAUGAUGGCAAGGAACUUGUCACUGCUGCAAAACAAAUGGGUAGGACAUGGCAGAGUUUUGCCCAGAAAAUGAUGGAUUUCAAUUUCGAAUGCAUUGGAGAAAAACUUACUGAUGAUGAAGAAAAAAUAGCUGGUUCCCUCAAAGAAUUUGGAAAGCUUAUUAUGGGAGUGGAAGAGGAGCGAGAUAGAAUGCUUGCCAAAGUAACAGACUUCUUUCAGCAGUUGGACAAAUUCAGAAAGGAGCAGAUCGGUUCAGUUAAGGAGGAGAAGAAAGCCUUUGAUCGACACACUGCCAAAAUCUGUCAGUCAUUGGAGAGAUAUCUUAACCUCAAGUCCAAAAUUAAUGACAAUACUCUACAAGAGGCUGAUGCAACCCUUGAAAUGGAAUUUAGAAACUUCAGAGAAUGUUCCAUGAAAUAUGUACUCAAAUUACAAGAAGUUCAAGAAAGAAAGAAAUUUGAUUUUGUAGAAACUAUUUUAGCCUUUAUGUACAGUUUGUUCACAUUUUAUCAUCAAGGAUUUGAUGCCAGCAAUGAGCUGAAAGAGUCUUCUAUGCACCUCCAGAAGAUACUUCAAAAGACCAGGGAGAGCUUUGAGAGUCAGAAGGAGUACACAGAGUCUCUGAUGUUCAAGAUGCUGGACAACCGGAUAGCAGUUUCGGAAGUGAAACCUCAUGGGCUGCUUAACCAGAGCAACAAAGGCUGUACAAAGGAAGGUUACCUUUACCUGAUGGAGAAAAAGGUGAUGGGUACUACCUGGACCAAACAUUACUGCUGGUACAAAAAAGAGGGCAAAGUAUUCCACAUGAUGCCAUAUAAUCAGGUCACAGGGAAACUGAGCCAACCAGUAACAGAAAAGUUUACCCUGAAAUCAUGCAUACGCCGGGCUUCCCAAAGUAUUGACAAAAGAUUCUGUUUUGAUAUCACAGUGGUGGAAAAGCCAGACACGCUGACAUUCCAAGCACUGUCGGAUGACGAUAGGAAGUUGUGGAUGGAUGCCAUGGAUGGCAGAGAACCAGUUUAUACAACUCCGAACACUUCCUCUGAAGACUCCUCCUUGGAUGACAUUGGAUUUGCCUUCAUCAAUAGAUGUAUACAAGCAGUAGAAACAAGAGGUCUGCAGGAGCAAGGCCUGUACAGAUUGGUUGGAGUGAACUCCAAAGUGAACAAACUCAUGUCACAAGGACUGGAUCCAAAAAGAAAAGACAAAAUUGACUUUUGUGACCCGAGUCAGGUUGAAAUCAAGACGAUUACAAGCGCUGUUAAAAAUUAUCUCCGAUCACUGCCAGAACCAUUAAUGACCUUCAAAUUACAUAAACCCUUGAUAGCAGCAGCUAAACAAGAAUCAAAGACCCUGCGUAUCCAUGACAUCCACACGCUCGUUCACAAACUGCCCGAGGCCAACUUUGAAAUGUUGGACCUGCUGAUUGGUCAUUUAAGAAAGGUAGCAGAGUUGAGUGAUAAGAACCUGAUGACUGUAGCCAACCUCGGUGUCUGCUUUGGUCCUACACUAAUGAGAGCAGAAGAAGAGUCUGUGGCAGCCAUUAUGGACAUCAAGUUUCUGAAUAUUAUAGUAGAAAUCCUCAUCAACAAUUAUGAAAAAAUCUUCAAAACACCACCUGAAGAUGCUGACCCGAGUGAAAUUCGUUGCCCCCUUCGUAGUGCCUCCCAACCAGUGACUGACAAAUUUACUCCGGGGGUCAAUCACACUUCAUUAGAUGUGUCUAGUCAAAACCCGCAGCCUGUGUACAUGAACAAAGCCCCAUCUCUCCCUCCCUAUGUCCACCAGAAACCUAAACUCCGAUCUGUCGAGAUUUACAACCCAGCCACAGAGCGCUUUGAGACCCACGGAAGUAGCAGUGAUAGCUCCGAGUCGCUGAACUCCAGCCUGUCCACUAGUGCCUCCGCUAUGUCCUCGCCCCUCCCUCAGUUUGACUCCCACAAAAAGCACGCGGCCCCGGCCGUCCCUGGAAACCCCCAGCUCAGCAAUGUUUCAGGAUUACCAAACAAGUUUAUGAAUGACAGCUCAGAUGCACCAACAUUAGACCAAGCCAUGCGAAGAUCCCUGUGGAUUUCAUCCAAAGUCAGCGUGUUUGAUAGGUCCUCUUCAUUGACGGGAAGUUUGUCUGGAAGUCUCCAAAUGGUGGGGAAUAACUCUAACAAUGCAAACAAAACAACCAAAAAACGGACGGCUAGGACACUGUACCAAUGCCAGGCAGACAAUGAAUCGGAGCUGUCCUUCGAGCCAAAUGUCAUCAUCACAAAUGUGAGAGAAUCCAAAGAGCCGGGGUGGUUGGAAGGAUCACUGAAUGGGAAGAGGGGCCUGAUUCCGUUGAACUAUGUGGAGUUUGUAGACUGACACACGUAGGCUCGGUGCCCUUGUGAUUUGACCACCAAAGAUGUGAUUUCCCGUGCUACAGAUGUACAAAUACAUACUGUAUAUACGUAUAUGUAGUACUUAUACACACUAUUUACAUACAUGUACUUCAUUGAUCUUUGAUGGUGAUGGAUUCUCCCAGUUGUGGGCACUGUGCUGGACAUGGUGGGGGGAGGAAACAACUUUGGAUCAUGUGACUUGUCAUGUGACAAGUUGAAAGGUCACAGUUUUUUUUGUGGACCUAAUUAAAGAUUGUUUUCAUUGGCAUGUACAUUUGAAUGCAAUAGUCAAUCCUGUGUGUGUUAUUCUGUACAGUAUUGUGUAAUUUGACUUUAAACCAUAUUUUUGAGCAUGUUAUACAUGUAUGUCUUAUUUAUGUGAAAAGUCUAGAAAUGUUGAUGGAAAUAGUUGGGGUUUUUUUUUUAUUAAUGAGUUUACUUAUGACUUUGUAAAAUAUUGAUAAUUUCCUCAUUCUUAUGAUGUAUUUUUAUUUUUCAAACAUACAGUACUUAGAAGAUAUGAAGUUGUGUUGGACACUGUUAGAGCCUUGACACAACAACAAUUAGUUAUUUUCACAGUCUGUCUCACUUUGCUCACAUUCCCUCUCUUGCAUCUUUAGUUGUAAACCUUCAGCAUUCACAAUGACUUUAGACUUUGAGUGGUUUCUUUGUCAUGCAAAACAGCACAGCAAUGUGCACCCGUUUUUACUGUCUCCUAGAAUUUCCUACACACCUUGUUUAUUUUUUUCUUCCUUGUCUGUAUAUAGGUUUUCAGUCAAAUUUACAUGUAAGUUGGAUGUAUAUUAUUACAUAAAACACAAGUGACCAGCACACUUUUACUUUAACAUAAAGUUUUUCAUUGAGCGAAAAGCACUCCAAGUAAUUUUUGUCUGAAAAAUUCUGAGAUGUUCUGAGCUAUUUUUUUUAUUUUAAUUCUCUGUUUUUGUAUUGACCAGUAUCCAUUAAUUGAACAACAUGGCUUCCUUUUAUUGGUUAUAUUGUUACUACUGUUUUCCUCAUUGCAUAAUAUGCUCUCAUACACAAUAUUGCAUGUUAUGUGUCACUGUAGUACAUUGAGAAUUGUGUAGAAAUUUGACUAUGUUGAUGAAAUUGUUGGUGAAAUGCUCCUAGUUAUUUUUUUGCAUGUACAUGUAUGAGUAAUCUAUGCAGUCAGUGUUGUAAGAUUUUGUUGGUGUUUUUUAAUUUUUUUUUUGCCAGGAUUUGGGUAAAGAAAUAGCUUUUAUUAGACAGACCCAGUAUAGUGAAAGUUUUUACGCAGUGUUUUUUGCUUUUUGUUUCCCUUACAGAACACAAAAUUCUGACAUUUACCAGGUUCUCUUCUUUCUGUCAUGAAUCUUGUUCAGAACCUUACAUGUUGAAUAACCAGUUCUUAUCAAGUGAAAGAAAACUAGUUCAUUUUUUUCUUACAACAAUUUUGUAUAGAAUAUAUACUUGUAUAUAAUAAAGUUGUUGAUAUUAUGAAUUGUUAAGCAAUUCAAUUCUGUAAACUAUUUAUUGGACUUAUGACCAAGUGCACCAUAUAGCAUAAUUUAAUAUCAAAUACGUAUGUACACACUUAGUUCAACUGCUCUCCAGUCACUUAUAUCAACGACUAAUAUAUUUAUUCAAUAAUUCUUGUGUAUUUUCAGCAUUCAUUCCCAAAUUUAUCAAUAUUACAUUUAUUUUUAUUGUGUAAUAUUUAUGUUUUUUACUUGAAAACAUGAUUUUUCUCAGGUUGAGAUUUUUUGACAAUUUUAUUUAUUGUAGCUAUAAGAAAAAAGAGCAGAUUCCAGGUUUUUUCCCUUGUGCAAUGUUUUGGCUUUCCGUACCCUCCUAUAGCUUGCCAUUCUGUGUCCAAGAUUUGUAUAUACAUGUAUGUAUUGUAAUAGAAUCAUGUUGGCAGAAAUCAAGUCUUCUUGUGUGUGCAAAUUUGGAUGUGGACCAUUUCAUAGGCCAUUGUUUUACGAUGGAAUGAGAAAACGUCACGUUGAAUAAGGUAAAAUGUUCGUUAACAGGUGUCAAGGAUUAAGAUUAUUAUUAUAAAGUGAUACAUGAAAAGUGUCAUUACACAGUCAGAUUGAUAUGUAAAGUAACUUUGAGAAUAUUUAUUAUAUCUUUCUGAUGUGUGUUCAGUGUUUUACUUGUAGUGUAUCAAGAGCAUGUAUGGCUUGUGUCAGCGUCUGUCAUUUUAAGAUGAAACGGGGGCCUCUUUGCUUAGAACUUUAGUCAGAUAAAGUAAUUCUUUUGACAUAGAAUUUAUGAAAAGUAUGCAUUUUCUUUUGAAAUUUUGACACCUACCAGUAGUAAUUUUCCUGAUAUGGAAUUCUCGACAUGAUUUUGUGAAUGAAAAUAGUUUUUUUUGUCAGGUUAAAUUUUUGCAAUUUCCUUAUGAUAAAGUUUGAGCAUGUAAUACAAGGAACUCUUGGUCAAAGUACUUUAUAUUGAUGCAGUUCGUGUAAAUGCAGUGAAAUUUAUGUAUUUUAAAAAUUAUGAAAGCAAAAGGUACUUACAUGUAUUUGCUUGUCAUACAAGAACAUGUUGACUGAAGAACAUAAAGUGUAACUAACGUUUGUUAUUCUGAUUUGAAUUUAAGUAACAGAGAUUGCUUCAUUGGUAUGACCAUAUGUGAAUUGUUAAUUUCAACAACGUUUUUAAGUGCACUGAUUAUGGAAUUUGCUUUAAUUAUGAUUAAGUGCUUUGGCAAAGUCUGCAUAGUUCAAUGCAUAAACAGUGGCUACACUCAUGGUGUUUAUUUUAGACAAGCCAUGCUUUCUAUGAUAACAUGUGAAGUAUAUUGAUGUAAACUUUCUCAAAAAAAUGUCUACUUCUUUUGUAAUAUGUAUCAUGACUUAAGGUAGGCUUGGGCUUUAGCUUUUUGAACUUAUGUGCAACAUGUACAAGAUUAGUGUUCUAUGUAAAACUUUCAUUAUUAAUUGCGGUGACAAAAUUUAUUGCCGUUUGAUGUAAUAAGUUGUGUGACAUGAUGCUGACACCGUGGUUUGUGACUCAUAAGGCACCAGUAUCAUCGUAUGGUAAAUGUUAAGGAACUUGAUUUUUUUGUUAUGAUUUGUGUUUGCAUUGUUACUGUUAUAUUUUGUAUGUACUUGUGGUACUUCACCAAGCGGUGGGUGUCUUUACAGAAUAGGAGAAAUAUUCUACCAAGAAUAAAACAGUAUAAAUACA